AUGUCACAAUCUGAGGUGCCAAAACCAACCCGGAAGGGCACAAAGAGCUGUGCCGAGUGUAGGCGUCGCAAAAUUCGCUGCAUUCGAAGGUCCGAAGACGCAGAAACAUGUCGAAGCUGUGACGACCGAGGCUUGAAAUGUGUCGCUCAAGUGUUCACUCUUCGGCCAGUUCACGAGCAGAGGAUCCCGUCGCGUCAUCGGAUUGCCCUGCUGGAGUCCGAGGUCACCAGUCUGCGCAAGGCUGUGCGGGAGAUCCAGUCGAAGCUAGGUUACCAAGUAGCGGACCUCGCAGGACCAGCUUCUAUUCAGCCUGCUAGCAGCCCGGGAGACGAUGUCUCCGAUGAUGAAUCUAAUGGCUCGGACGUCUUUGCGACGGAACAUCCGUUGCACCUUCGCUCACUGUUUCAGAAUGACUGGCUGAGUGGUGACUUUGGCCGACAGGAUCAGCAACUCCAGGAACGCAAAGCCAAGGCAUCUGCCCAUCUUCUGGAUCUGGCCAGGCAGACACUGCAACAGUUGAUCCCCCAGAGAGACGACGUUGUAGAGAUGGCCAGGACGGCCUCGAAAUGGAUUAAUCUAGUUCAUGCCAUACUUCCGCAACCGUUUGCGGUGAAAUCUCAGCGGGAACUACUGGACAGCUAUGAAACCAUGUGUGCGCCGGAUGCUGAUACCAUGAACUUGGCGUCGUGGCUGCUCGAUCUUGCCGUCACGGCCCAGCAAGAGCCACAGGACCAAGGAAGUCCUGAAACGUCGCUGAAGAGGUUUCACAGAAUAUCGGACUUCUCCCGAGCAAUCUCUGAUGCCGUGGAGAGGACACUGAUAUCCCACGAUCGGCUGAUGGGAACAACACAAGGAUUGGGGAUGGCCAUGCAUUUCCUUCGGCUUCAAAUAAGCCAGGGCAAUUUCCAGAAAGCAUGGAUCCGCAUGCGACACUUUGUGGCAAUGGCAGAGCUUCUGGGGCUGCCAAAAGCCUCUCAAGGCUUCCAGCCGAGCGGUAUCGCCGGUGCACCAAACCCGGUACAGCUCGAAAAAAUCCAGCUCUGGGAAUUCAUGUGCUCCGCUGAAAGAUUACUUUGUAUGGUCAUCAAUCGUCCGCCUGCCACCCGGCGCUUCGAACACACAAUUGCCCAGCCACUCACAAUCAACGGCAACGUCCAAGUCCACGUUUACCUUAACAAAUUGACGGACAUCACGGCCAAGUUCGAUGCUUUGGACGAUCUCGGCGGCACCCAUGGAUCUAGCGCGCAGGCGUACGCCUACGCUCUGGAGCUCGAUCGAGAGCUGCGAGUUCUUGCCUCUCAAACUCCAAAGUCUUGGUGGGAUCUGGACUUUGUGCAUGUCAAACCAGAAAAUCUUUGCCAACUUCUACAUUAUUAUUUCCUAAUGAGGGUCCAUUUGCCCUUUACGAUGCGCCAGGACCCGGCAGAGGGAAACAUGUACAGCCGCCUGACUUGCAUGGAAGCUUGUGAAGCGGUUGCGCAACGAUAUCAGCCCCUACGCCGUCUGCUCCCAUCUGGCAUUUUUCUCUCUCCGAUCAUGGAUCUCCAAGCAUUCACGGCAACAAUCGUCCUUCUCCUGACAUCCCACAGCGGACCCUCCGGCAAUGGCCUUGAUUCAGAGGCGAACAAAGCCAGAGUACAGGGCAUUGCCGCGCAAGUACUCCAGGUCAUGGACGAAAAAUCUCGUGAUGCGGCAAAUUCCAGCUUUGCGCGGCUCGGCGCUUUAACCAUUCGUUCCCUCAAUGCUCUGCUCCAGCAAAACGGCGACUCUACAGACUCUCGUCAAUUAGAUUUAAAGGUGCCACUGCUCGGAAAUGUUAAUGUGCGCCGCAACAUCAACCCUUCGCAGGUGCCAGCCACGUCCGACCAACAGCCUUUCCAGGUUCAACCGGAUACCGGCCUAUGGAGACCGCACGACCAGAUCCUGCACCAGCAGCCCGGUAUCAUACCCGUGAACACCAGCUCGCAACUAGCUUUGGCUCAGACCACAGCUGAGUGGGGAUUGAAUCCUCUCUCGUGGUCUUUCGACACCCAUGACAACUUCAUUCAAGAUGCCUUCAUGGCGGAUACGUUCGACCAGACUGGGAUGUGGCAAACCGACUACAAUGGCUUCCAAUCGAAUACAUAG